GUUAUCCUGACAGGCCUUCAUGCUUAUGUGUAUUUGCUAGACCAGAACUGUCCAUAGCUGUCUUGUAUGGUUGCCUAGCAACAGCAGAGUGGAUGUAAACAUAGCUCAGCUUGUAGCUUGUAGCCUGUAGCUUGUAGCCUGUAAACUGUAGCUUGUAGAUUGUAGACUGUGGUCUGUAGGUGAUCUGUAGUCUGUAGUCUGUAGACUGUAGUCUGUAGUCUGUAGACUGUAGACUGUAGACAGUAGACUGUAGUUGAGCUGUAGCAGACAUUAUCAGAGUGAGCAGCAGGCUGAAGGGGGCCAUGGCGUGUGUGAGUGUGCUGCUGGAGGAGCUCAUUCGCUCUCUGGGCCUGUGGGAUUUCCCCUGUGGCCCCGGGCCCUGGAAGCUCAGUGCUGGUGAGGACCCUCAGUCUCUCCUAGACCUCCUGGACUGUCCCUCAUCCCCCUGGUACCAGGAGCCCACCUGGAGUCCACAGGCCUUGACCCUGAGGAGGAAAGCCGUGCUCAGCCCCAAAGCCCUCAGCAGAAACUCAGUGUAUAAGCACUUGACUGCCCUCAGACUCAUGGACCAGGGUGUGUGUGUGUUGGACAGUGGGCUGCUGAAACUGUCCAACCUGGAGGAGCUGGUGCUGAGCGCCAACCAGCUCCAGGAGGUCCCUGCUCCCCUGCUGCCGGCCUCGCUCACGGUCUUGGAGCUGCGGAACAAUCUUCUGAGCUCCCUGUCCUCGCUGACCGCUCAGCCCCCUCCUCGACUGGUCUAUCUGGGCCUGUCGUCCAACCCACUGGGCUCUGCUCUGGACGUGUGCAGCCUGACCGGGGCACACUGGCCAGCGCUGCUCUGUCUCGACUUGUCCUUCUGUGACUUUGAGAACCAGAGAGUCCUGUUGAGGGCGCUGUCCUCUCUGCCCUGCCUAAGAAGCCUGCUGCUGGAGGGGAACCCGUGCUCCCUGGGCUCCUCGUACCCCGGGCUCACUCUGGACGUCCUGCCACAGCUGUCGCACCUGGACUCAGAGUGGGUCAGAGCGGAGGAGAAGGAGGCGUUCGGGGGGAUGGCUCUCCUCACAGGUGCGGAGCAGGAGAAAGCAUGUGUCACAGUGCACAUAGGUCGGCUGCGGGGACUUCCUGAUCCUCCUCAGAGCUCAGACUAUCCUCUGCUCUCCUUCUCUUACCACGUCUCAUACCUGUUCCUCCCUGACUCCGCCCCUGAUGGACAGAAAAUGAAGAGUGAGUCUGAAUGUGAGGGAGAUGUGACAGAGGAGAAUCCAGAGAAGAACUCAGAGAAGAACCCAGAGGAGGCAGAGUCACACAGGCAGGCUCCAGGAGUGUGUGAAGUCUGCUCUCCAGCUCAUGGCUCCAUCCACAGCUCGUGCAGUUUACCCUGGUCUGAGUGCAUGGACUUCAAUGAGACCCACCAUCACAGUGUGUGUGACCUGAGGGCCCUCAAGAGCUUCCUGCGGCGAGGCAUAUGUGUGCGUGUGGAGGAGGACAAGACUCUGUCCUGGCCUGCAGCCUCUGAGGACACGGCUCCUAAAGCCGCCUCUAAAGAGCCCAAAGGAGCAAAGGGAAAAGAUACUCCAAACAAAGGUGCUUCCACCAAAGACAAGGGCAAAGACAAAAAGAAGAGAGCCCCCCCAGAGCUGGUGCAGGACCCCCCAAUCCGGGCAGUGCUGGGGUCAGUGCACGUGCCCCUCCACAGUUUGCUUCACACUGGACACAAGGUGGCGCUCUGCUGUGACUUUGGACUUCAGGGACCAGAGACACCAGAGACAGCCAAGGAAGUUGGACAGAUGGUGAAGGAGAAGAAGGACGAGGACUCAAAGAGAGGAGCUUCAGGGAAGAAAGCCGCCACUGCCAAAGGAAAAGCUAAGUCAGUGAAGGAGGCGGAUGGAGUCAGUGUAUGGGGCCCUCCAGAGCCCCUCACCGUGGAGCUGUGUGUGCAGCUGGCCCGAUGGCAGUCUGCAGCUGAGGCCUCUCAGGAGCUGGGACUGUCCCUCUGAACCACACUGGACAUGUCCCGUCACAUAAUAAAUGUGCACUGCCCUCUGUUGUGGAGACAUGGCCUUCACUUGGUACAGGGGACACAUGUAGUGACCGUUCACUACUUAAAAGACAAGCUGGAGUAUGAGAUGAGGAAAAACACACACAUCUUACAUU